UAGCUUUUAAAUAAAGCCCAUAUUAAAUAAGUCCUUUUAAUAAUACCCAAGGGCAUAUAUUAUCCUUGUCUUUUAUUUUCAGCGACGGAAUAAAACUUCCUCCGGCCGGUGGGUUACGAGAGCAGAUCACACCAUAACGAUGGUUUUAUUACAGUUGGACCCGUUCCUCAAUGAACUCACGAGCAUGUUUGAGAAAAGUAAAGACAAGGGUUCUGUCUGGGUUACUUUGAAAAGAUCGUCGUUGAAGUCUAAGCUGCAGAAGAGGAAGCUGAGCUCAGCUGGAGAAUCUAUAGAGUACAGAUGCCUUAUUCGAGCAACUGAUGCUAAGAAAACGAUCUCUACUUCGGUUGGGGCUAAGGAUCACCUGAGAUUUCAAGCAUCAUAUGCUACUAUUCUUAAGGCUCACAUGACUGCUUUGAAGAAGAGGGAGAGGAAAGACCGGAAGAAAUCCACAGAGGCUGAGAAGAAAGAAAGCACUUCCACCACUACUAGUAAACCCACCAAGAAACUUUGAUUUCUCCUUUUGUUGUUCUCACAUUGACUUGUUGCUUAGAAAUUGAAUUUUGAAAUGGAUUCCAAAGAAUUUGAUCUAUGUCAUUAUAUAGAUUUUGGCUUUGCAUUUUGA